AGUGUUUCCCCUCCCAGUACUGACCUAACUUGGAUCUUAUGGAGAACUUAGGGGGCUCUGAAAAAAGAGGAGGUUAUUUGAAUUAAUGAAAUGGGCUACAAAGGCUACUGGGCCUUUUUCCUUUCUGAAAUUGUGCCUUCAAAUUUUUAGAGGUUGCUAAUCAAAAUCAUGGGCACUUAAAUUCAUCCUCUGGCUACAGAUAAAUAAGUUGGUUUCUGUAAGAGCUCUAAAAAUUAUUUUAGCUGCUUAACUAGCACCUUUCUCAGGAAGUAAUAAUAGCACCAAAUAUUACUGAUUCCUAGGAAACCAUUUACUACCUGAUAAAGAAUUUUCUGAGUUAAAGUAGUCAUAACUGUUUAUGUACAUUAAAAGUAAGGCUUUAUUUUUUUAAAAAAAUCUUGGGAAUCACAUCCACCAUGUAUUGAAUCCUUACUGCCUCCCUUCCCGGCUUGACUAUUCUGUGCACUUAAUCCUUCCACUAAUGCUUUGAGGUACGUAGGGAUGGCCCCCAUUUUGCAUAUGAAUUAUAAGGAAAAAGGCUCAAGGAGUUUAAUCAUUUACCAAGGGUGGUUCUGUGAAUGAUAGAUCUGAGCAGUGGGCAAGCCUAUUGGUCUGUGGCAUCGGCUCCUUUAGCCUGCAAUUGGUUUACGAUAUUCAAGAUGAGUUUUCUGGAUAUGCCGCAGAAGGAUCCGUGCCAGAAACAAGCCUGUGAAAUACAGAAAUGUUUACAAGCCAACAACUACAUGGAAUCUAAGUGUCAGGCUGUCAUCCAAGAACUGCGUAAGUGUUGCGCUCGAUAUCCUAAGGGAAGAUCUCUCGUCUGUUCGGGAUUUGAAAGAGAGGAGGAAGAAAAGCUGACAUUGAAGCCUACAUCAAAGUAAAGUUCUGCUGAAAAGUUAAAUGCUGCACCAUGUAUCCACCAAGCAAGUUUGUCUCCCUGACUCUUUCUUCAGGCCAGGUAGCAACAAAUAUCAAAUACAAAAGUCAACUAUAAAAGUUAAUGAAUAUGCCAUCUAUGCAGAACAGAUAGAAAUAUAUUAAAUAUGUAGAAUGUAAUAAAACUGAGCUGCUAAAAUAAACCUGUUAAGUGAAAAA